GCUGCACCUCCGGCUGCUGCAUACACGCCUCCUGCACCUCCUCCUCUAGAGCCUAGCCGUCGGUUGGGUGCUUCCUUGCAGCCGUCUUCGGGCGUGAGAGGCGGUGUGAGUCCUUUUGCCGCUCCUUGGGGCAACAUGCCCAACGACGACGCGUUCAACAAGCCCUCGGCACCGUCCGAGACCCCGCACGCCCCCGGAGCACCGCCUCAGGGCAAGUCCGGGGGCUUCGGGAAAGCUUCUGGGGCGCUGAUGGGCGCUGGUGGAGGAUCAGGCGCCGGGGGCAGCGGUAGCGGCUCCGGCUCUGGGGCGUCGGGCCUGGGCGCCUCGAGCAAGAAGUCCCCGAGGCUGCCCAAGUGCGCUCGGUGCAGGAACCACGGCUACGCUUCGCCGCUCAAGGGCCACAAACGCUUCUGCAUGUGGCGGGAUUGCCAGUGCAAAAAGUGCAAUCUGAUCGCCGAGAGACAGCGCGUGAUGGCCGCGCAGGUGGCUCUGAGAAGGCAGCAGGCGCAGGAGGAGGAACUGGGUAUCAGCCACCCCAUCCCGCUGCCCAGUGCAGCUGAGCUGCUUGUCAAGAGAGAGAACAACGGUGGCAACCAAUGUCUCAUGAAUGAGAGCAGCAGCUCUUCUCAGCCACCAGCAGCCAGUACACCCACAACAGCGGCCUCAGAGGGACGCAUGGUCAUCCAGGACAUUCCUGCUGUCACCAGCAGAGGGCACGUGGAGAACGCACCUGACCUGGUUUCAGACUCCACCUACUACAGCAGCUUUUACCAGCCUUCUCUGUUCCCUUACUACAACAAUCUGUACAACUAUCCGCAGUACUCCAUGGCCUUGGCUGCUGAUGCCUCUUCUGGGGAUGUGGGAGGUCCCCUCGGGGGAUCCCCUGUGAAGAACAGCCUUCGGAGCCUUCCAGCGCCUUACGUGUCUGGUCAAACAGGAAACCAGUGGCAGAUGAAAAACUCGGAGAAUCGCCAUGCAGUGAGUUCCCAGUACAGGAUGCAUUCUUACUAUGGGCCUCCCUCCUACCUGGGCCAGAGUGUGUCCCAAAUCUUCACUUUUGAGGAUGGCCCUUCCUACUCGGAAGCCAAAUCGAGUGUAUUCUCGCCGCCCAGCAGUCAAGAUUCUGGCUUGGUUUCCCUCUCCAGCAGCUCUCCUAUUAGUAAUGAGAGUACAAAGGGGGUUCUCGAAUGUGAGUCUGCCUCGGAGCCCAGCAGCUUCACGGUCACUCCGGUCAUCGAGGAGGAUGAGUGA